UCGCCACGUGACGCACCUUCUCCCCUCCGUGCGUAUGACGUGUCAGGAACUCAGAGCGCCCUGCGAGAGAGGCCUUGGAGAACUGAUGCUGCCGCGCCGAUGAGGAAAGGCUUCCUUUGUACCUGCUGGCAAUGUCCAUGAUCUUGUCUGCCUCCGUCGUCCGUGUGAGAGAUGGACUCCCUCUGUCUGCCUCUACCGAUUAUGAACAAAGUGCUGGGGUGCAGGAGUGCAGGAAGUACUUCAAGACCCUGGCAAAGAGACUUGCUCAGUUGCCAGAUAGAUGCACGUUGCAAACAGGACGCUAUAACAUAAAUUUUAUUAGUUCCCUGGGAGUGAGUUACAUGAUGCUCUGCACUGAAAAUUACCCCAGUGUCCUGGCCUUCUGCUUCCUGGAUGAGCUUCAAAAAGAGUACAUUUCCACGUACAACAUGAUGAAGACGAAUACAGCAGUUAGACCAUACUGUUUCAUCGAAUUCGAUAAUUUCAUUCAGAGGACCAAGCAACGAUACAACAACCCACGGUCUCUGUCAACAAAAAUAAACCUUGCUGACAUGCAGACGGAAAUCAGGUUGAGACCACCUUAUCAUAUUUCCUUGUCUGAUUUGGCCUCAGCAAACGGAUAUGCACAUAUGUCUCUUCCAGAAUACAAAGGUACUGGGAAAAUAUCUACAGCCCCUCACCAGCGAUUGGAACCAGUGACACUGUCAGGAAUUGUUUCCUUUGUGCUCAGUCUUUUAUGUGGAGCUUUGAAUUUAAUUCGCGGCUUCCAUGCAAUAGAGAGCCUUCUGCAGGAUGAUAGAGAAGACUUCAGUUAUGUACUUGCCUUCUUUCUCGGCACAGCAGCUUGUUUGUAUCAGUGCUAUCUGUUUGUAUAUUCCACGGGCUGGCGGAACAUUAAGUCCUUCCUGACUUUUGGCUUAAUCUGCCUCUGCAACAUGUACCUUUAUGAACUCCGCAACCUCUGGCAGAUCUUUUUCCAUGUGACGGUGGGUGCAUUUUCAACUUUACAAAUCCGGCUCAGGCAACCACAAGGGAAGUCUGCUGACUACAAUGUGUGACAGGGGUCUCAAGGCAAACUUGAUCAAGCAGUAUUCCUCUCAGAAACGAACAGCUUUUCCGUGAGAGAAGCUCCCUGUACUCUACGGCAUCAUUGACUUGACAAUUCUUCAAAGAAGAGCCGAAAAUAUUCAGGAACUAAUUGGGGUACGAGGGGAGGGGGCG